AGCAACACUCUAUAUCAUCAUCAAGCAAGUCUCAGUGAAUUCUCAAACACUGCCCUCUACCAAGACUUUAAAAUAAAUCGAAAUAAGAAAACACGAAGAAAGUCGAAAAUUCGACGAUGGAAAUCGCAGCGCCGGCCCUUUCGAGUUUGGAGGAUGAUCGUCGAUCUCUAACGUACCAUGCCACGGUUUGGGGGGACUAUUUUCUCUCCUAUGGAUCGGAGAUGAUGAAUGCCGACGAUGGUAAGCUCGAGACGCUUAAAGAACACGUGAGGAAGCUCUUGGACGCAACGCCUAAUAAUUCGUUGCAUAAAUUGGAAUUGAUCGACACAGUGCAAAGGCUUGGAGUGGGCUACCAUUUCCAAAAUGAGAUCGAGGGGUCGUUGAAGGAAGUGUACGAUGCUUAUGCCAAAGGUGGAUUCAACGAUGGCAACGACCUUCAUGUGGUUGCUCUUCGCUUCCGCUUGCUUAGGAACCAACGCUUCAACGUGCCAUCGAAUGUGUUUGAGAAAUUCAUGGACAAGGAAGGAAGGUUCGAGGAGUCAUUGGCGAACGAUGUACAAGGGGUAUUGAGCUUGUACGAAGCAUCCCAUUACAGCGUACGCGGGGAGAAAAUACUCGACGCCGCAUUAGAGUUUUCAUCGACUCGUCUCGCGGCCGUAGUCUCCCAUAUUGGCGACGCGCUCCUCGCCGCCCGAGUUAAAGAAGCGUUAGAAACCCCGAUCCACAAGUGUUUGAAUCGGUUGCACGCGACGAAAUUCAUCCCGAUAUACCAAGGAUACGAGUCGCACGACGUUUCGCUCCUGGCCUUGGCUAAGAUGGACUUCAACUUGGUCCAAAAGUUGCAUCAGAAGGAGAUAAGCGAUCUCACGAAGUGGUGGAAGGAUUUGGAUUUCGGCAACAAAUUCCCUUUCGUGAGAGAUCGAAUGGUGGAGUGCUACUUCUGGAUCAUGCAGUUGUUCUUCGAGCCCCGAUUCCAUGUGGGGAGGAUGACACUGUCUAAGGUGCUGAUGAUGAUCACCAUCAUCGACGACAUUUACGACGUCCAUGGAACUCUGGAUGAGCUCCAAGUGUUCACCAAGGCCAUCGAUCGCUGGGAGCCCGCGGCCAUGGAAGGGCUGCCUCCUUACAUGACCUCAUGCUACGAACUGCUUCUGGAAGUUUACGAUGAAAUGGCGGAAUUGGUAAGAGCCGACGGAGAAUACCGAACGAGUUACGCCAAAGAUGAGAUGAAGAAACUCUCUCGAGUUUACUUCGAGGAAGCCGUGAGGCUAUUCAAGAGCGAGACUCCAACGCUGGAAGAGUACUUUAGGGUUGGGGUUCCAUCUUUGGGGUAUAUGAUUGUGGCCGUCACUUGCUUCGUCGGCAUGGGAGAUUUGGUCGGGAAGGAAGACUUCGAUUGGGUCGCCAAUGAGCCCAAAAUCGUGUGCGCUUCGUCGUUGAUCGGGAGACUAAUGGACGAUAUGGCCGGAUACCAGCUCGAAAAGAAGCAAUCUUCGGUGCAUGUGUACAUGAGCGAGAAAGGCGCGACGAAAGAGGAGACAUUCGUUGCGCUUAAGGAGAAGGUGUGGACAGCCUGGCAAGACAUAAACGAAGAAUGUCUGAAUCUGAAAGGUCUUCCCAUGGCGGUUGUUGAGUGCCUCGUCAACUCGGCGCGUACCUUUCACCUCAUCUAUAGGGACGGCGAUGGAUUCACAGAUUCGCAAUCCAAAGUCAAGGAAGCUAUCAAGGCUUCGCUCGUCCAUCCCAUGCCCCUUUAAUUUGUAGAUAUAUACAUUUAUAUAUAUAUAUAUAUAUUACUGAUAUUUUUAUGCUGUUAAAAUAUUGGAAAACUGCGAAAUAUAGAAUCGCAGGAUCUCGACUACCCUCCUUGUAACCAACGUUUCUUAAUUCUUGAAUUUGUUGCUCUAUAUAUGUAUUAACUACGGAAAUCAACUUUUGUUGUAGCAUUUGAUGCAUAUAGUACUGUUAAUUA